GCAGGGGGAAAACAUAGCCGAUAUUGGGGGUCUGAAAUGCGCCUACCGGGCUAUGGAAGCCGCUCUAAGGGACCACCCCGAUAGCGAUCAGGUGAUUGACUCCCUCACCCCGGCGCAGAGAUUCUUUGUCAGUUGGGGUCAGUUCUGGCGCACUAAAUCCAGAGACGACUAUCUCAUUAAGCAACUCGCGAGUGACCCUCACAGCCCCGGCAACAUCCGUGCGUUUGUACCGCCGUCUAAUCUGGAAGAGUUCCAUGCCGCUUUUGAGAUCAAUGAGACCAACAAGAUGUACUUGGCACCGGAGAAGCGAGGCAAUGUGUGGUGAACGCAUUCAUAUACGUAUAGCAUCGAGUGAUAAAUUACAUAGAACUUAGUUGCAGAAGCUACCCCGAUGAUUAAAACGUAAACGAGGACAGAUAUGUAUUGGUGCAUUUGUGCGGCCGUCAAAUCUGAAGAAAGUUCUGUUGUAUGCUCGAUAUUACAUACACCAGCAAUAUCACCACUUGAACUGGAUAAACGUGGUAUCUGAGAUGUAUGGCAAUGCGUGUUGCACGCGUUCACAGGCUUGAACGGAUAUACUUGAGCAGAUGCACUUACACCUCACUGGUAAAGUGGCAGAAGAUUUUAAUUGUAGUGUACAGAACAGGACUGGAGUUGCUGAUACUAAUUGCAAAAGGGUUUCUAGUGUUUUUUUAAAUAAAAACAAAAAGAACAUCCUGCAUCCUUCUCAUACUGCGAUGGUGAACGUUCCACCUCUCUACUAGGCACCAGACUCCUAACUUAUACAUAUGAUAAGAUAUUAUCAUGUGUUGUAGAUAUAUAUCUCUAAUUCAUAAACGUGAUAGAAUAUUAUCACAUAUGUUUCAGAUAUAUAUAUCUAUCUUCACGAUAAGAGUAAUAUCAUAAAUGUUUUAGAUAUAUCUCCAACUCAUAAAUAUGAUAGAAUAUUGAUCAAA